GAAGUAACAUCCCAGAUAGGACAAGACCAAACUUUCUGACAGUCAGAAAUGUUCCAAAGUGUCACAAACAGGAAAUGCUGACUUCAUUGUUGGAAUCACCAGGUGUGAUAACUGAGAAUGGUUUUAUGACUCUGCAGUGAGUGGGAUUGUGUUGUUGACGUUUUACAAGUUAAGGCUGGACUUUGGUUUUAAGGAAGGAAAUAGAAGCAACGACAAAGAAGACACAUUUGUUACUCUGAACAGUAUACGGCUGAUUUUUAACAGGAAAAAUAAAACCCUACAGGAUCAGGACUUGUGGACUUUUCUACUCUGUCUCUCUGUCUCUGAAUGGGGGAGCGUCUCCCAAAGGUGCCAGGUGGAGUGCAACUCCACAGUGACACUCUGAGGCGACCCCUGCGGACACUCAGGGUCAAGAUGGUCCUUCUGGGAAGUUCUGGUGUGGGAAAGUCGAGUUUGGCUCUGCGAUUUGGGAGGGAGGAGUUUAGGAGUCCAUCGUCGACUGUGGGAUGUGCCUACCUGACCCGUGUGGUGCAUCUGAGUGAUGUCACUCUUCGCUUUGAGAUAUGGGACACGGCCGGACAAGAAAGGUACCACAGCGUCACGCCACUUUACUACAGAGGAGCUCAUGCUGCAAUCCUGGUCUAUGAUAUCACAAAAAGGGAAACAUUUAUCAGAGCUCAAAUGUGGAUGAAAGAGCUUGAGAAACACUAUAUCCCAGGAACUAUUGUCAUGUGGCUGGUGGGCAACAAGGGGGAUCUGGCUGAGGAGAGGCAAGUCUCAGUGCAGGAAGGACAGAGUCUAGCCAGUGACAGGGGGUUAUCCUUCACAGAGACAUCAGCCAUGUCAGGGGACCAAGUCAGCGAGCUUCUGCUCGCUAUAGCCCACAGAGUGCAUGAGAGUAUCGGAGCAGAGCAGGAAGGUCUGUUAGAGUGGAGGGAGACACAACUCGUGGAUCUGCAUCACAGAAACACCUUCAUUCCUUCUUCAUGCUGCAGAGUUACGCCCUAACUGUGUGUGCUAUUGUUGUUUGAAUAAAACCCCAGACAGGUAGAUCAUUUGUCAGUUUGUAUCAGUGUUUUUUAAAAUUCACAAAUCAAAUGAAAAGCUGAGAAAGCCUCUGGUCAUCCACCAUUUUGAUCCAAAAUCCUUUUUUGUUGUUGUUGUUGUUGUUUUUGUUGUUUUUAGCUGAAAUUAAAACUCUCUUUUAAGAUCCCA